UCAAGACACGGUCACACUGAACUGCGUGUGUUUAUCAACCAGCGUGUUAGGAUAACAAAUAAAGUUAUGGUCUUAAUAUCCGAUGCUUUUGGCUUGCAUGUGUCCUCCAACUGCAUAUUGGUUGGUCAUGGCGACCAGGCGGUUGUAUACAAAUCAUAUGGCAAAGUCGAGAUGCCGGUUCGCCUGCGUGAGGGAAAAGUUCGUGGAUUUGCGUGGAGUCCUUUGAAACAAUCACAGAGAUUACUACUGAUUUAUAGUGAAAAUGAAUACUCGCUUAUUGUGUGUACCUUGAAUGGUGAGAAGGAGCAGUUCCAGCUGAUUUACGAGGGCGAAACCAAAGACUGGAUAAAUGCGGCCAUGUUUUUAGACGAUAGUCCAACAGCUAAGACACGAUUUGUCCUGCACACCUCGCAUAGUGCACUUCUAUAUUUGGAAUUUGAUAUUGCAUCCAGUGCAGACUGCAAAGUUUUGGAAUUAGCCAGAUGCACGGACAGCUCGAUUCUCUAUUACACCCGCUUGCAUGGCGAUUGCUAUAACGAACUGGCAAUAAUAAGCGGAAAUGCCUUUGGCGAAUUGUUGCUAUGGCAAACUCAGUUUCCCAUAGAAUCGGAAUCUGAUACAUAUCUAAAAACAUAUCCACUGCUAUUGCGUCUACAAGCGCACAACGGAGUGAUCCACUCCAUUGACUUUGAUUUGGUAUCACAACUAUUGGUAACAACAUCGGACGAUCGAUCGGUAAAGUUUUGGAAUAUCAAAAAGUCUGGCGACUGGACAACCGCUGAAAUUAAACCAAUGUUUAGUUGUUUCGGCCAUGGUUCACGUGUAAUGUGCGUUAGCAUCUUUAAAGUUGAUGGUCAAAUAUUUGUGGCUAGUGGCGGUGAGGAUUCCUAUGUCUGCAUUUGGAGUCGAUCCGGUGAAUUGUUGUUAAAACGCCGUCAACAUUUCGGAGCACCCAUUUGGGGAUUGGGAUUUGGUCAGGACGAACAUACGCUUUAUAGUACCAGCUCUACGGGUAACUUAGUUGGUCAGAACCUCAAAGAAAUCUUCAAUCGAGACAAAUAUCGCCCCACUAUGCUGAACGGUUUAGGUGAAGCGAAUGAGUUUCCCAGAAACAUAAAGUUCCUAAAUGCUGACACAAUUGUUGGCCUAAGUAGCUCGAAUCGGUUGUAUUAUACCCGAAUAAUGACGGAUGCUCCUCAUGAAAACCAUUGGCUAAUGGUAAAUGACUUUCCAAUAUACAAACGAACAGUUUUAGAGGUCUUCGAUGGCCUUAUAGCUACCUGUGGUCAUCGCCGAAUAACAAUUCACAGAUUCAAUGAACAUACCAAUGAUUUCGAGCAACUCUUUGAUGGCAUCAGAAUGAAGGGCACUAUUCGUUCUUUUCAAUUUCUGAGCAGAGAUCUCUUUCUUGUAUCCGAUAACUUGGGCUAUUGCCUCCUAUUGAAGACCCACGAACUGGGCAUAGAUUCCCAUAUUGCACUUUUCAAUGACCGUGAGCCUUGGAUAACAGCUGCCUUGCUUGUUGCCGAGCACUAUCUUUUGUUAAGCAAUCGUAGGGGUCAUGUCAUGCUGUACCACCGUAGUCCUGGAAAUGACUUCGUACUGAAGGAUACAAUCAAGUGUUUGCACGGUAAAAUGGGUGCCAAUUUCUUUAAACUACUGAGUGCCAAUAAAGACUUUGCAAAUGUAAUGAGCGGUGGCCACGAAGCUUUCCUCAAAUAUCUACACAUAGGCCUAACGGACUGCACUUUGACUGUCAGACAACGCGAAAGUAUCCCAUUGGCUUGGGUUGAGGCAGCUCCAUCCGAGGACUUAAUUUUGGGUUUUAACGAUAACCACAUUGUUGCCUGGUCACGCCAACACGAUGUCCUUUUGCAGCUGGAAUGCGGCGGAGGCAAUAGAUGCUGGGACUACCAACUUAGUAAGGGUUUACUUUCCAUAGCGUAUGUGAAGCAAAAGCGCGUGUUUUUCCUCACCAGUCCACUUUACAAUACAGUCGCUGUCAGUGGAAUAAAAGGCCUACAAAAUAAUACCUGGCACACCAGAAAUUGCAACACUAUUCGUCUGCGCCCACAAAGUCAAGCAAAUCCUAUUAUCAUAUCCGCUGGCGAUGACAAUAUCAUAAAAGUCACGAAAAUAUUCAAUGAUUCAUUGUUGCAAUGUGCGGAAUUGCACUCUCAUAUCUCAACAGUUCGAUGCUUACAGGCUCAUCUCUGGAGUUCGGAAAGUGGCUCGAGUACAUGGUUGAUCUUUUCAGUUGGAGGUCGAUCCCAGCUCUGUAUAAGCCAACUGGAAGUAAGUGUCUCAAACAAGUGCUACAUAACCGAACUGAGCACACAUACACUGCAAAAUAUAACUGCCUCUAAGAGCAGCACAAUUGAAGCGCGACUAAUGGCCAUUGAUAUAGCCCAGCAUUCUACUGCGGAUGAUUUCUCGAUAUAUGUAGCAGGCGCUGAUGGAAAAAUUACUCAUUAUACCUGGGACUGCAAAAAUCCAAGCGAACUCAAUUUUAAAACUUUUGUAGAUAUAAAACGGUGCCCGCUGACAGUGCAAUGGAUUAGUAACAAAAGAUUAGUGCUAAUCACAACAACAAGUGGAGAAAUCUACGGCUUUGAUCAAACACUACACACAAUAUGUGUUCAACUUCAACUGCAUGUGACGGGAAUAAAUACAAUAGAUAUAUACGUUGAUAAACACAUAUUGCACAUACUGUCAGGUGGAGAUGAUGAAAAUAUAAAGUACACAGUACUUAAUUUGGACAACAAUAGAGUGGAAUAUAAAACCGAAUUUCAAGGCCUUCACAAUGCCCAAGUGAAUGCUUUAGCAAUUCACUGCCGCACCAACGAGACUAACGAGGAAUCCGAAAUGUUUGCCCUUACCUGCAGUAUAGAUAGGCAGAUCUAUAGAAUAAACCUCAGAACGCGACAAUAUAGUCGAGUUGGAUAUACCUGCAUAGCCGAUGUCAAGGGAAUGCUUAUAGACCAGUGUCAGCGAAUGUAUUUUUACGGCUGCGGACUACAAACUAUAACUUUGUGUAAAUAGCGUAGAUU